CACCGCCCGCGCGCGUCCCCGGGGAAGUUUGGCCGCUCUCCGGCGCCGUAGCGGCCGCUCCGGGCGGGAACUGCGAACGGGCCGCGGCGGGGCUCAGGGAUGCCUGAGAGCCAGGGGAAGGAUGGUGAGAGCUGCAGCAGCAGCAGCAGCAGCUCCAACCCUGGGGACUCCGUGGCUUCCUUCGGACAGUAUCAGUACACAGCCGGCGAGUAUCGCGCUAUCCAGCACGCUCUGCGCCAGAGGCUGGGCCCAGACUACAUCAGCAGCCGGCAGGCAGGAGGAGGGCAGAAGGUCUGUUACAUUGAGGGUCACAAGGUCAUCAGUCUGGCCAAUGAAAUGUUUGGCUUCAAUGGCUGGGCUCAUUCAGUCACUCAGCAGAAUGUUGACUUUGUUGACCUCAACAAUGGCAGGUUCUACGUGGGUGUCUGUGCUUUUGUGAAAGUUCAGCUUAAGGAUGGGUCAUACCAUGAAGAUGUGGGAUAUGGAGUCAGUGAAGGCCUGAAGUCUAAAGCCCUGUCCUUGGAAAAGGCAAGAAAGGAGGCAGUAACGGAUGGACUGAAGAGAGCGCUCAAGUGCUUUGGCAAUGCUCUUGGGAACUGCAUCCUGGACAAGGAGUACCUGCGAGCCGUCAACAAGCUUCCCCGGCAGGUAGCCCCUGAGUUAGACUUGGUCAAAGCUAAAGUACAGGACUAUGAGCCUGAAAUAGAGCAAGCAAGAUACAGCAGCUAUGUGGAAAGGCAGAACACAGCAGGGCGACAGCACUGUGAGGUGACACCUGGCUGUAAGCCUGGCCAGACAGAGGCUGCUGCAGUGACAGCAGACCAGAAACAGCCCAACGCUCCCAGAAGCACAGACUCCCUGGCCACGGAGUGUGAUGCCACUUACCAGAGGAAACUGCGGCAGAAGCGGCUCCAGCAGCAGUUCCGGGAGCAGAUGGAGAAAAAGCAGCAGGUCCCAGGAGUUACUCCCAGCAGCAAACAGGCAACAUCUGAUCCUCCCGUGAAGCACAGCACUCCAGAAGUGCAACAGGAGCUGGCAAUAGAAGAGGAGUUCUUUGCAGAUGAUCCUGAACUUUGGGACAUCUCCCUGGAGAGCAGUGACCUAAAGGUAACGGGUGCCAAAAUCUCAGAGGCCUCCGCAGCUGCACACCAGGCCCCUGGGACACCCCGUGGGCACCAGCAGAUGAGCACUCGCAGCAAGACGCCCCACAGGAGCCACCAGCACAGAGCUGCUGCCAGGCUGGCACAGCUGCAGCCCCCUGCUGCAGCCCCCAGCACCGGCUGUGCCCACCAGCACACCCCAGGGUGCAGCCCCCUCAGGAGAAGUCAGAGCUUGAAGAAAAGGAAGCUGGAACCUACGUGAGGCACCCGCUGAAAUACGUGCCUCUGUCAUGGAUCACAGCACACGGCUGCAGCUGGCCUUCCAAACUGUGUCACUGGACUCAUCAUGGUGGAGCAAGAGACGAGUCUCAUGCAAUCAGCAGGAACUUCAUGCACUCUUAGAUUAUUAUGUAUUUCAGAUGCCUUUUUCUAGAACCACGCCAUUACCUGUGCUUCUGCAGCACGAGGCUUGUGGCUGUGGAUAUCACCUGUGAGCCGCCUGAAGGAAUGGAUUGUUAAAAAUGAGAUGCAGUUCAUAGCUUGUCUGUCCCUCAGUGCUGCAUUCCAGCACGGAGCCAGAGCUUCUCAGUGCAGCGGGGAGCAGGGGCUGUGCCCAGGGGACAGAAGGCUGGAGCUGUGGCUGCGCACCCGGCCAGCCGGGGGGACACCGCCGAGCUCUGAGGAGCUCUCCGUGCCGUCCAGAGCCCCUCGCUCCUGCGGCUAUUCCCGAGCCUGUUCCCAUUCCCGAGCCUCUUCCCGUCCCUGUUCCUCUUCCCGAGCCUGUUCCCAUUCCCGAGCCUGUUCCCCUUCCCGUUCCCCGUGCCUGUGCCUCGGGGCAGGAGCUCGCCGUGCCUGCCCCGAGCCUUUGGAACACGGAUGGCAGUUGCACUGCUGGUUUUAAAGAAGCUUUUAACCCCUUUCGAUACAGAAAUAAACAUGAAUUUGAG